AUGUCAAACACCACCACCACUGCAGAAGCUCCAACCUAUCCAAACUGCUCUCUCGUGCCCCCUCCAGGUCUGUCAGAGGAGUGCAGGGUGCAGACCCCGGCCUUCACAGAUGCGGUGCGACUCCACAGGCAGGCUCAGGGACACUACGGCACCUGGGACAUGAUGUGUGGAGGGCCACCACAGGUGAGAGGAACACUAUAGAGAUGGCUCUAGCUUUUGAGGACUUUAUUAGUCAAUCUCAUUUCAUUUGAAUGUAUUCUGAAUUAGUGAUGCUAACGCCUUACAGUAUGUACUGUAUUCAGGUUUGCUUACCAAAGUUCAGGAGCAAUCUUACAGCAGGUCAUUCCUGGCCUUAGCUAAACCUCUUGAGUGGUCAGUGGCCAUGAUGGAUGUCAGUCAGGCAGCCGGUGUGUAUUUCAGAGCUGUUUGUUGAGGAUUGACUGUUUUUAUCUGAGAGUACAGGUGGAAGGAGAAAAUACUCUUCCCCCUGAGAAAACCGUAUAGAGACAUCUUGUACCUCACCACCUCCCUCUGUCAGUUUGGCCAGACUCCUGCUCCUCUGGGUGGGGUCUCCCUUAAAAGAGCCCCUUUCAGACUCCCCCUCUCUGUUUCUUACCCCUGCUUGGGUGGGAACAGUCUCCUACUCAGGCUCAGGUGUGGCCCUGCCUGGUUUUCUAUGGUCUUCCUUUCAAAUAGCCUGUUCCUUUCUUCUCACUAGCUCCAUUUCACUCAUAUUCUUCCCCCGAUUCUCAUCAACACUUCCCACUGUCUCUGUAGACCUGUUUGUGGCUACUGUGGGACUGGGAGUGGGUUUUUUGCUUGCUACUACUGUAAAGGGCUACUACUGUAAAGGUAGCAGGAGGGACUAAGCUGGUCAAAAGUAUUGCACUGUAAAUGGAAUAGGGUGCCAUUUGGGACGCAGGAACUGUUACUCUGUGAAGUCCUGAAGUGAUCUCACUUACUCAGUAGAAAUGAGACACUAAACUUUAAAGGGGUCCCAGUGUUGGGCAUUAGUAGGUCUGCAUCUGAAAUGGCACCAUAGUCCCUAUAUAGUGCACCCUACACUGGCCCUGGUCAAAAGUAGUGCACUAUAGGGAAUAGGGUGCUAUUCGGACAGGCACCCUAGAUUUAUCAUGUCAAUAUCAUGGCCCUGUGUAUACUGAACAAACAUAUAAACGCAAGAUGUAAAGUGUUGGUUUCAUGAGCUGAAAUAAAAGACACCAGAAAUUUUCCAUACGCACAAAAAGCUUAUUUCUCUCAAGUUUUGGGCACAAAUAUGUUUACAUCCCUGUUAGUGAGCAUUUCUCCUUUGUCAAGAUAAUCCAUCCACCUGACAGGUGUGGCAUAUCAAGAAGCUGAUUAAACAGCAUGAUCAUUACACAGGUGCACCUUGUGCUGGGAACAAUAAAAGGCCACUCUAAAAUGUGCAGUUUUGUCACACAACACAAUGCCACAGAUAAUUGAAUGUUCAUUUCUCUACCAUAAGCCUCCAACGUCGUUUUAGAGAAUUUGGCAGUACGACCAACCGGCCUCACAACCGUAGAUCACGUGUAUGACGUUGUGUGGGCGAGCGGUUUGCUGAUGUCAACUUUGUGGACAGAGGGCCCAAUGGUGGCGGUGGGUUAUGGUAUGGGCAGGCAUAAGUUACGGACAACGAACAAUUGCAUUUUAUCGAUGCCAAUUUGAAUGCACAGAGAUACUGUGACGAGAUCCUGAGGCCCAUUGUCGUGCCAUUCAUCCGCCGCCAUCCCCUCAUGUUUCAGCAUGAUAAUGCAUGGCUCCAUGUCACAAGGAUCUGUACACAAUUCCUGGAAGCUGAAAAUGUCCCAGUUCUUCCAUGGCCUGUUUUGGAUGCUCUGGAUCGACGUGUACGACAGUGUGUUCCAGUUCCCGCCAAUAUCCAGCAACUCCGCACAACUUCGCCAUUGAAGAGGAGUGGGACAACAUUCCACAGGCCACAAUCAACAGCCUGAUCAACUCUAUGCGAAGGAGAUGCAUGAGGCAAAUGGGGGUCACACCAGAAACUGACUGGUUUUCUGAUCCACGCCCCACAAGUAUCUGUGACCAACAGAUACAUAUCUGUAUUCCCAGUCAUGUGAAAUCCAUAGAUUAGGGCCUAAUGAAUUUAUUUCAAUUGACUUGAUUUUCAUUAUAUGAACUGUAACUGAGUAAAAUAUUAGAAGUUGUUGCAUGUUGCGUUGUAUAUUUGUGUUCAGUAUAAUAACAGCUGUCCUGGAAGGAGUAAUAGUGUGUUUCUAGCCUAGGUAUUGUUAGUUACCCCAGAGCAUCACAGGCCUCCUAAAACAUGUACUGUACCUCACCAACCACACAGUAGUCUUAUAUGGACAUCUAUGGACAAGGAAAACAUAUUCUGCAUGUCAUGUAGCUAGCCGCAGUGUUCAGCUCCAAUAUGCUGCCUGGACCACAUUGAGACCAUUAUUCAAGUGUGUCUAAAGAAGAGUGGGCCAAGUCAAACCCUGGUCCAAGCAUAUUCAAUUAAAACACGUGAGUUAUGGUUUUAUAUUCUGCAGCCAGGGCAAGCCAAGACUACUGCACAUUUAGAUGGAUACUGACUAAAUGCUGUGAUUUAUUUUUUUAUAUAUUAUUUAUACCCUGAAUUAUUUUCUAUUUAAUGGAAAUGGAGAACUGGCUCUCUGACAAACCCACUCCCAGCAGAUUUAUGAGUGUGUGAGAAUUUUACUGCAGGUUAGGGAGAAAAUAGUCUAUCAUGACGUUCUGGGUGCUGAGAUUAGAGAGAAAAGACCAUAACACUGAAUACAUAUGAUAUUACAGUUUUUAAUUCAGUCAGUUGACUUUUCACAGAAAAAUCUAUUACAGGCCUUUAAACGAUUUGGUGUUGUAUCAGAUAUGUAUUGUAUGGUACCUUGUAUUGGGAAGGGCACUUUACUCAUACAUUUAGUGAUUAUUGUGUAGAGGAGCCACAUAAUGCUGUUUCUCAUUGUAGUGUUUCAACAUCACUGCCCUCUUUCCCACUUCCAUGGACAUGUACUGAAUCCUCAGAAGCACACACCACUCAACCCAUUCAUAUAAAUGUAGUUGACUCUGAAGUUGUUCCUGCACUCUACAGGUUGAGUUGUGUGUUUGUUGCCGUUCUGUUUGAAGUGUCACAAAGAUUAACUGUGACACAACACCUUGUCAUUUUCUCUGUUGUGGAAACACCUGACUCAAACAACAAAGCUUCUCUGAAGUCUCAUUAUUUUACUUAAUGCCAAGUUUUGCCAACCACUAGUUAUUUAUAGAGACGCAUCCUACACACACUUUAAAGAUUGUGUAUGUGAUAAUGCAUAAAGUGUUUGCUUUUGUCUCCACCGUGUGUGUGUGUGUGUGUGUCUCACACGUAGAUCCUAGCCAACCUAGUGAUGGAGACUCUCCAUCCAGAGUUGAGGAAUCUGAUUGGUCCUCGUCUGAAGGGGAAGAUGCAACAGCGACAGAGGAACUGGAUGCUGGUGAGUUGUUGUCCCACCUACAUGCUGCACUGUGUUCUUUCCUAGGACCUGGAGUUUACCCCGACCACAUGCUACGUUUUUCCCAUUCAGGUGACAUAGUCAGGAAAACUCCUGAACCAACCAUUCCUAACCACAUUGCGGAUUGCGCCAGUGUCCCAAAUGGCACCCUAUUCCCUACAGAGUGAAUUUACACUACGAUAGAUUCCCGAGAGCUAUCGGAAAAAGUACCCGUGGCUAGACGUAUUACAAUAUUGUAAAGACUAGAAUCUCGAUUCAUUUUCACGUCUCGUACGCCACCUCCGUGUGCGAGACUGCCCCUAGACAUGCCCCCUCCAAGCAGUCAAUGUAAACAGAAUUGUAUCCAAGGGAAAUGCUUGCUCCUACGGUAAAAAUCUUAAUAGCAGAGUAAUGUUUUUGAAACAGCUGAAAUGUAUAGACGUUUACCUUAUAUUUUAGACUUGUUUUAUAGAUGUUUUACCUGGAAUUGCUGUAAUAGCCAGUUACUCUCAAAUUGUCGCCGUAGCUUUAAGGGAAUCUCAGAGCACAGCAAGCAGGAACUGCAAGCAGAAACUCCCCAGGGAAUUGCCAAUUUAAUGAUUUGCAUGAUAUUGAUCAAAUGAAGCCUGGUUUGUUCUAAGGUGACUUCAAUACACUAAAGUUGUAGCUAAUGUAAGCCUAAAAGCUAUUUAGCUAUGGUUCAGCUAAUGUAAUGGGCCCUGGUCAAAUGGCCCUCAUCCCAAAUGGCACCCUGUUCCCUAAAUAGUGCAUUACAUUUGACGUGCCUACAUAGAGCACUAAUUUUGACCAGAGCCCUAUGUGCCCCAGUCAAAAGUAGUGCACUUUGUAGGGAAUAGGGUGCCAUUUGGGACGCAGAUGGUGUGUUCACCCACUCUCUCUCUCUCUGUCCCUCUCCAGAUCUCUGAGGCGGUGUAUAAGCAGGUGUUGUCUCAGACUCAGGCCCAGUAUGAGGCUUUAGUCCAGGCCUGUGAGGUUGAGACAUCCCGUCUAGACGCAGUGUUACGCACAGACAUGGACCAGAUAAUCACCUCCAAGGAACACGUCAGCGGCAAGAUCCGCGGUGAGACACACACGCACACACGGCACCCAUAGGAAACACUCCUUAUACAUAGGCUGAUAUGUAGACUUCAUCCAAAUCGGGACUAAAAGAGAUCCUAAUCAAAUUACACUGUAUUAGUUCUCUCAACAAUGGCACUUCUGCAGUCUUAGCGUCUGUAAUGUCCAUUGUUAGGCUGCCUACCGUUAGGCUGCCUACCGUCAUUUCUAGUGGUUUUGGUUUGUUGAGUGUAGAGCUAAGGGCUUAUUGGCACAGUAAAGCAGUAAGACCAGUUAUUGGCUGCGUCCCAAAUGGCACCCUAUUCUCUACAUAGUGUACUACUUUUGACCAGAGCCUUAUGGGCCCUGGUCAAAAGUAGUGCACUAUAUAGGGAAUAGGGUGCAAUUUAGGAUGCACACAUUGAGUAACACUACAGUAUUGGCCUAUGGCAUCAUGUUACUGGUGAAUUUCUAUGGACACUUGUCACUAGAGGGCUCCUGUACUGUAACUGACCCUCCCUUUCCCUCUCAGAUUUCAAACUUCUCCUCUGUUUCUUUACUCUCUCACACUUUCUCUCUCUCUCAUCCCUUACUCCCAUCUCUCUCUUUCUUUACCUCCUCUUAGCUCACUUUCUCAUGCUCUUGUCUGUCUGCCUGCUUGCUUUAACCCUGAAGCACCUUUCACUAUUUUAUUCUAGCACCCAGUCACCAUUCCACCUAAAAAGGACUUGGCAAAGGGCUUUUUAUUUUUUCUCUCUUUCUCGUGUUUUGUUUCCCAUGGAGCCAAUGUUGAAGGACUUCAUUCCUUAGAUGUCACUGGAGGCCAAUGUUCACUUUAUCCCACUGGUACACUUGACAGGGCUCAGGGCUCACAGGUCCACUAUGUGAUGGAGGAGCGGCUUUCCAUGGAGGAACUUUAAAUGUCUUUGAACUUUCGAGUUGGUUUAACGUUGGACCAGAGCAAACUAACCAGAGCUAGGCUUGUGUGUGCAGAGCAGCACUAUAAUUAAAAACAUGUCUUACCUUUUUGUAGUUAAUAAAUCCAAUGUGAAACGUGAUAACUAUAGUAUCCUUAACUAGCAUUGGAAAGUCAAUCCAUUCUUCUCUAAUUAAACGGCUCUCCCUGAUUUCUGAAUUACGCUUGUAAUGUUGUCAGUAGGCUACAGUAACCUAUGCUUCAGAGGGGAGAGGCAGGUAGCCUACACACGUACACACACCCACUGGCAAAGAUUUCUAGCUGGCAGGCAGGCGCUGGAAUAUGUUUCUGAGUGACAGAGUGAGUGCUUUGCAUAGGUGCUUUGUUGUGAUUUUUGUGGGACUGAAAAAAAUGCCUGGAACGUAAAAUAACAUUAUUAACCAGUUUCCACGCUUUUAAAAUAACGGUUCUGUUCCGGAACAGUAUAGAUCAUUUUCAUUUCCAGUUCGAGUUCUGUUCCUCAAAUAAUUUCAUUAUUUUCCGGUUUUCUGUUCUGUUCCCUGAACCUGUUCCAACCCUUGCUUUCCUCCAGACGUUUCAGUCUGAUGCCUUUGGGUAAUGCUUAGUGGACUAAACACCCCUCCAGGUUUAGGACAUGUAUGAUGAACUUCACCAACGGAGUGGAGCCGAGACGAGGCUUUGCGGAAUCUAGCUCCAACUACAUUGAUUCACCCAAGGUCAAAACGUACAGUUAUGAAACGCCCACCUUGUACUUUUGUUUGUCCUCUGUAGUUGCAUGCCUUUCUUUGUUUGGUGAAAUCCAUACUUUUUCAAUAAACGUUAAUCAAAUGCCACCACCGACUGUUUCCUUUGAUGAGAUUCAAUUGGCACAUGCGGAUUUGCGCUGAGUUGAAAUCUUAGAGCAACACCAAUGAGCAAACAGUUGGUGGUUGUAUUUGAUUAACAUUUAUUAGAAAAGUAUGGUUUCAGCGAACCAAGAAAGGCAUGCAACUACAGAGGACAAACAAGGUACAAAGGCAUUUCGUAAUUGUACUUUUUUAAAGUAUUGACCUUGGGCGAAUCGAUGCAUUCAGAGCUAGAUUCCAUAAAGCCUGGUCUCAGAUCCACUCCAUUGGUGAAAUUCAUCAGAAACUUCCUUCACCAUGGAAUGGAGUUUAGGACGCUAGGUAAUGUUCUGGGUAAUACUGUGGUCUGGCUUCGUGUAGCUCAGUUGGUAGAGCAUGGCGCUUGCAACGCCAGGGUUGUGGGUUCGUUUCCCAUGGGGGGGCCAGUAUGAAAAUGUAUGCACUCACUAACUGUAAGUGGCUCUGGAUAAGAGCGUUUGCUAAAUGACUAAAAUGUAAAAUGUAAAAUGUCUGGAAGUGUGGGUGUUUACUGUCUACUGACCACCAUUGUGACUAACCAUACUCCUCCAUGUCUCCCCACUCCGUAGCUUUGGUGUUCCCCAGGGCAGAGCAGCUCCUGCGGGGCAGCGUCCAGCCCUACCUCAGCUCCAUCCUGGAGGCCCUGAUGGAGCCCACCAGCCGAGGCUUUUCCGAGGUCCGAGACGUCUUCUUCAGAGAGCUGGUGGAGGUCAGCAAGAACACGCUCAACGGAGGGGGCAAGGACAAACUGGGGGAGGUUAGUGGACCACCGGACUUGACACACCAGAGGGGUUCGCAGGGACCCUAGGGAAUUGUCCUUGGUGACUGUUCAAUAAAAUGUACUGUAGCUCUGUCUUGGAGGAUCAAUUUAAGUGAUCUGUGUUGCCAAGUCCUCAUCUCAUCCAUGUCUGUCUGUCUGUCUGUCUUUAUCCCCCCCUCACUCUCUCACCCCCCCCCCCCCCCCCCCCCCCCCCGCCCCCCACACCUCUUUCUCAUUCGCUCCCUCUAUGUCUCCUUCUUUCCCCUCGCCCCUCUCACCAUCACUCUCUCGCUCUCAGCACAUGGACAAGAUCUCUAUGCUGGCGUUCCACCCGGUGAAGAUGCAGAGCUGCUAUGAGAAGGUGGAGCAGCUGAGUCUGGAGGGACUACAGCAGAGGUUUGAUGUGUCCAGCCCCUCCGUGUUCGUCCAGAGGGCUCAAAUCCUCAUGAGAGAGGUGAGACCUUAACCCACAAAUCCCACCACCUAGUCGGCAUGGAUGUGCUCUGCCACACCAGACUACCAACACUGUAGUUUUUAGUUAUCUGAUGCUGUGUUCAUAACCAAGUGGGAAGGUGGUAAUUUCCAGUUGUGAAGUAGUAAAUAUGAGUUGGAUGCAUUCACGUGUUUUGAACUCAUUGAGAAACGCCAAUUGGCUAAUGGCAAACAAGUGUGUCAACCAUAAAAUAAAAGUACAGCUAUCAUAAGCUACGUUAGAUCAGUAGGAAUAUUUUUUCCCCCACUUAUGUCCUCUCUUCUCUGUGUAACAGCAAAUGGCCAAUGCUGUCUACACGUUUGAGCAUCUGCUCCACCAGAGUCUGGAGGGAAAGGUCCAGGGAGGAGAGGACCUGUGUAAGACCAUCCACUGCUGUCAGGACAGAGUGCUCAAGGUUCGUAGUUAGACUGAGGGUGGAUUAGGAUGAAGGAGAAUGACUGGAUUGAUUGAUUGAUUUAAUGGAUGAAUUGAUUAAGAAUAGAUUGGCCAUCAAUACGGUUCCAUAUUCCAGUUACUUUCCCAAAAUUCUGGUUGGAGGAUUCCAGAUUUCCCACCUGAUACCAGGAAUAUUCCAAUUGGGACGACGGAAAACCUGGGAAUUUGGGAAAGUUGAUGGAAUUUUGCAACCCUUGCCAUCAAGGAUUAGAGAGUCUAAGGUCUUGUGUCUGUGUCCCUCUGUCUGUCCGUCCCCGUCAGAAAUAUGACUAUGACAGUAGCACGGUGCGUAAGAAGUUCUUCAGAGAGGCCCUGCUACAGAUCAUUAUCCCCUACAUGCUGAAGCAGCUCUCUCCCUCCUGCCAUCUGGUGAGGCUCACUGUAUAUAGUAGCUUAUUGUUUUUUAUGCUCAAGUCUCACUAAGACACUGAUACCCCUCAGACUCUAGCCACCCCUAUGGCACCCUAUAACCUCUGGUCAAGAGUAGUGCACUAUAUAGGGACUGGGGUGCCACUUGGGACGUUGGCUGUGUUGAGUGCAGUCGUCUGUAACCUCUCAUCUCCUCCCUCUCAGGACCUCCCUCGCUUCCAGGAGCUGAUCUUUGAGGACUUCUCCCGGUUCAUCCUGGUGGAGAACGUGUUUGAGGAGGUGGUGCUGCAGUCUGUCACCAAGGACAUCAUGAUGGGUGAGUGGUGGACACGCAUGGAGACGCUGGCCUGGCAUAGACUAGAUAAUUGGAGAGUCCAUUCACAAAGCAUCUCAGAGUAGGAGUGCUGAUAUAAGAUCAGUGUUUUUUUUUUUUAAUUUUAUCAUACUGAAUAACAUUAUAUGGACAUCUUAGAUCAGCAGAUUCAGCAGUGUUAUUCUGAGGCGAUUUGUGAUACGGCCCUGAUGUAAAUGUGAUACAACUGAACUGUUAGCAUGGUAGUGAUUCUCUCUCCCCUCUGUGUGCCUACAGCUGUGAAAGAGGCGGCGGUCCAGAAGAGACACAACCUGUACAGAGACAGCAUGAUCCUAACCAACAGCGACCCCAACCUCCACCUGCUGGGGGAGAACCCCUCGGUGGACUGGGCCACCCAGUUCAGGGGUGGGAAUGAGGAACCUGAGGGGGCCUUGGGAGGAGGCGGCCAGUCCAGCAGGAGGCGCAGGCAAGUGGUCUCCAUGAUCCAGCUGGACGAGAUGGGUCCGCUGCCCUACGAGUCAUGCCUGGAGGUGCCGGGGGUGGACUUCAUCCCUGAGGAGGGAGAGAUGGAGGAGGAGGUGGAAGUGGAGGUUAAAGCUCAGGAGCCCAAGGAGCCAGAGACCCCCACGGAACCAGACCACCCCAAGGGGCCUGAUUCUCCAGACAGCAUGCAGGAGAUCCGUUACCUCAUCAAACCGGUGGUGGAGAUGGUGGUCCCGGCUUCAGAGGAGGACAUAGCUGUUCUCACCAAUGGGACAGGGACGCUGACGCUGGAGGAUGGGAAGGAGGAGGAGGUGACACUCAUCACCACCUUGGUGGAGAUGCACAGGAAGUCACCACAGUGGAUGAGCGCCCCACAGGAAGUGAGCGAGCAGCUGGUAGAAACAGGAAGUCCAGACCAGGAAGCUGAGGGGGGGCUUCAGGAAAAGGGGGAGGCAGCUAUUGAGGACAAGGGGGAGGAAGACGAGGCGGCCAUCAAGAACACCAUACAGGAAAUAGAGAUAGCGGUACAGGAAGAGGACGGAAAGAGGAUAACUGAGUGUGCCGUAUACUCUGACGCAGAGCUGGCCCCGCCAUUGGCCGACUCCAGCCCCUGGGGCCAUGAUGACAGCAGGUUCCAGUCGCCGACGAAUGAGGUCUUGGAUGAGGGCAAAUCUCAGCUAAUCAUGGAUGCUCUGAAAACAGAGGAUACUGUAGUCGACCCAGGAGAGGUGGUGGUGGUUUUAGAGCAGGGAGACACUGCACUUCACAACGACUCCGAGACCAGGGAGGACUUCACUGGGAAAACCGCAGAGUGCGAGACAGAAAUGUUAUAUGAGAUUUGA